GUUUAUUCUAUGUCAUUUGCAUCGAUGUAUGCUUUUUUAAUAUUUUCGUAAGUUAAAAUGGGUUGAAAAUUAAGUGAAAUCAAGCAGUGAUUGUGAAAAUAAAUGAUAUAUAAUUUGUGAAGCAAAAUAAAGAUGUGAUCAUGGCUGCAUAUAAGACAGUAUUAGUCAUAACGUUUUGGCUUCGAUGCACAAUAAUUUAUGGCUACGAGUUCAUAUCACAAUAUCCAAAAAAUAUAAAUGAAACUUAUCAAUUUAACCACCUUGCCGUUGAUAAACAAAGUGGUCAAGUAUAUGCAGGUUCUUUAAAUGCCUUGCACCAGUUAAGUCCAGAUCUAAAACCUCUUCACGUCGUGCGGACCGGGCCAAAACUAGAUAAUCCGGUGUGCCAUGCCAGUGGGUGUCCUUCUCCCGAUACACAAACUGUAUGGACAGAUAAUGUGAAUAAAAUAUUAGUGAUUGACCAGGAAUCAAGAAUUGUCAUAGCAUGUGGAUCUGUAGCUCAGGGUUCGUGUACUAAGUAUAAGUUAGGAGACCUUUCUGCAGAGCCCGAGUUUAUUCCUGAAAGUGUCGCCGCUAAUGAUGCAGAAGCGUCUACAUACGCCUUUAUUGGUCCCGAAAGAUACAACUCCUGGGAUCGAUCAAAUGUACUUUAUGUGGGUACAACUUUCACAAACAUUGGAGAGUACAGACAUGAUGUUCCUGCAAUAUCCAGUCGUGAUCUCAUGACCUUGCAAUUGGCUCAGUUCACAUUUUCCAAGCAGAGUUUAAUACAAAUAGAUGUUAAAUACAGGGACAAUUUUCUUGUGCAAUAUUUAUAUGGAUUUAAUGCUAGUGACUAUGCUUACUUUCUUAUUAUACAAAAACAUUCCCAUCUAGCUGGUAAUGAAGAGUUAGGAUAUGUGUCACGUUUGGCCCGUACUUGUGUUAAUGAUGAUAAUUACAAUAGUUAUACAGAAGUUACGCUAGAAUGUAAUGUGUGUGAAGAUACUGGUAAUGGUAAGUGUGAAACAGUCAAUUAUAAUUUAGUUCAAGAUGCUAAGAUUGCAAAAGCUGGAAUAAAUCUGGCAACCCAGUUAGGUAUUGAAACAGGUGAUUCAAUUCUUGUAGCAUCUUUUAGUCCAUCUAAAGGUAUUUCUAAUGAGCCUACUACUAAAUCAGCAAUCUGUGUUUACUCACUACAAGAGAUAGAAAUUAAGUUUAAUGAAAAUGUACACAUGUGUUUUAAUGGCAGUACUAAAGCUCGUAACAUGGGUUAUAUAUCAGGAAUGAUUUCAGAUGGUAAAUGUCCAAGUGUUGGUUCUACUGGUAACAUUCUUAAUUUUUGUGAAGUAGGUCUUAAAAUAAGUGGUCUUUAUCCUAUUAAAGCAUCAUCAGUGAUUUAUUGGAAUGAUACUUUGAUAACAUCAGUAACAAUGUCAGUAACUGGUUUGCACACUGUUGCCUUCCUCGGUACUAAUGAAGGGAUAUUAAAGAAAGUGCUCAUAGAUGCUGAUAAAGCACAACAAUAUUCAAGUGAGGUUCUCCUAUCUGGUCAAAAAAUACUACCAGACACAACUUUAUCUCCAUAUGGCAAAUCCCUAUAUAUUUUAGCUAAAAAUUCGAUAGUUCAAAUUCCGACGGAGAAAUGUGCAGAACAUGGAAACUGUUCAUCAUGUUUGGAAUCCAAUGAUCCACAUUGUGGUUGGUGUUCCCUUGAGAAACGGUGCACAGUUCAAAAUAUGUGUCAAAAAGGAACACAAAGUGCACCUCGGUGGCUCUCCCAAUAUACAGGUCAACAGUGUAUUGAUUUUGAACAAAUUUUACCUGACAGAAUAUCUAUGUCAGAAAUUACUACUGUGCAACUUAUUAUUAGAACAUUACCAGAACUUCCGUUUGGUGCAAAAUAUAAGUGUGUAUUUGGAAAUGCACCACCAAUAGAUGCAGCUGUUACAUCUAAUGGACUAGCAUGCCCUACACCAGAUAUUAAACAUAGACCCAAGAUACCCCAAAAUCAAGAUCACAUUUAUGUCCCACUAUCAGUCCAUUCCUCUGAGACAAAUAAAGAUUUUGUUUCUCGUAAUUUUGCAUUUUUUGAUUGUUCUAAACACAUAACAUGUCAAACUUGUAUAUUAAGCGAGUGGGCUUGUAACUGGUGUAUAUAUGACAAUAAAUGUACUCAUGAUAUAUCUGUUUGUCAGCGCACUGUAAUCGGUGGUGAAAACAAUCCAAAUAAAUUACUCAAUCAGGGUAUUGGUCACUGUCCCAGGAUAAGGCAAUACAAGAAACCCAUUUUACUACCCAAUAACGUACCAAAAGAAUUAGAGCUGGAAGUAGAAAAUUUGCCUCACUUACAACCUGGACAUACAGGCUUUCAGUGUAUUGUCACAAUUGAACUGGCUAAUAUGAUUCUGCCUGCUCGAGUGGAAUCAAACCAUUACAUUGUUUGUGACAAAACUAUGUAUUCGUAUGAAGAGGAUGUAGGAGAAUAUAAUAUAAGCGUUAAGGUGUUUUGGAACCAUAAACAUUACAUAGAUACAAUAACUAUAACUCUAUAUAAGUGUGAGAUUCUUGGAUCCCACAGAGACCAUGCUGAUUGUUCUCUCUGUAUAACUCGAAAUUCAGUCUAUCAAUGUACUUGGUGUGGCAAUUCCUGUUCUUACAGUGAGUCUUGCUUAGAAAAUCCUGUUACCGAAUGUCCAAAACCUCGUAUUGACAUGAUAAAGCCUUUAAGUGGUCCUAUAGAGGGUGGAACAUUGGUCACCAUUGAAGGUAGCAAUUUGGGGUUACGAGUUGAAGAAGUAACUGGAAAAGUAAGAAUUGGAGAUGUUCUUUGUGAUAUUGUGGACUUUGAAGUAUCUGUAAGUAUAACAUGUAGGACAGGACCUUCAAAUGCGUCGGUAAUUGCACCCGUGAUUGUCGAGAAUGAUGCAGGUUAUACAGAAUCAACUGUGUUAUUCAGUUACAAAAACAUUAAAUUGCAGGGUGUCUAUCCAUCUCUGGGACCUGUAUCCGGCGGAACCCAACUAGCCAUUGGUGGUCAACAUCUUAACAUUGGCUCAUCUGUAUCUACAUAUUUAGAUGAAAUGCCAUGUUCUGUUAAUAGAACUCAAACAUCUAAUAGCAGAUUAAUAUGCAUAACCCCUAAAGCGAAUUCGCCACGAAUCAUUCAUACUUUGCUUGUAAUCAUUGACAACGCCAAUAGAACGUUAUACGGAGAUUUGUUUAAUUAUACAGCUGAUCCAACUAUUAUGGAGAUAAAGCCUCUUAAAAGUUUCGUAUCGGGGGGCAGAAUGAUAACAGUUCAUGGUACUAAUUUGCAUACUAUACAGAAACCUCUCAUGAAACUUUAUUACGCAAAUGAAGUGAUCCCUGUAAAUUCCACGGAAUGUGUUGUGUUAAACUCUAAUCAAAUGGAAUGUCCAAGUCCGUCUAUAAACAAAAAAUAUAAUGAAAUUAUACAAGCAACCAAAGCUCAGACAAACACUCCACAGAUAGCGAUGAAAGUUGGUUUUGUCAUGGAUAAUGUGGAAACUAUGCAUGAUUUAGAAAAGUAUUUUAAUCCACCUAGGACUCAUAUGGUAUUUGUUGAGGAUCCACACGUGUACCAAUUUCCGAAUAAAAUAAAAUCGUACAAAGGCGAUCCUUUAGUGAUAGAGGGCGAAAAUUUAAUUCGAGCAAGUGAUGAAACUGAUGUCAUAGUCACUAUUGGAACUCAAUCCUGUAACGUGACAAGUCUUACAAUGCAGCAGUUGCUUUGUACUCCUCCUGAAAUUCAACCGCCAAAUACUGACGAGAAUGGUUUCCAACUAUCUGAUAUUAAUUUGCCUUUAGUUGUCGUAAAGAUAGGUAAAAAUUUACGUUUUCCUAUAGGAUACCUGCAUUAUGAAUUGUUAAGAAAUUAUAAUUUUCCUCCCGAAGCCAUAGCGGGCAUUGCUGCGGGUACAUUUUUCCUUGUACUCAUAUUUAUGAUUGUUUUGGUUAUGUACAGAAGACGCAGUACUAAAGCGGAAAGGGAAUACAAACGAAUACAGAUACAAAUGGAUACUCUUGAAAGUAACGUGAGAUUGGAAUGCAAACUGGCUUUUGCAGAACUUCAAACUGAUAUGUCUGAUUUGGCAGCGGAUUUAGAACACUCUGGAAUUCCGACUCUGGAUCAUGUUAAUUACGUUAUGAAAGUAUUUUUCCCCGGUGUAUCAGAUCAUCCUAUUUUAAAUGUCCAAAGACAAUUCAUAAAUACGCCUCGAACUAAUUAUGACGCAGCGAUGUUUCAAUUUGAACAACUUCUAAAUAAUAAGUGUUUUCUUCUGUCAUUUAUAGACACAUUAGAAAGCCAGAAAACCUUUAAUAUAAGAGACAAAGUGAAUGUAGCAUCUCUAUUGAUGGUUAUUUUGAUGGGAAAAAUGGAAUACGCUACGGACAUUCUCAAAUCAUUACUAUUACGUCUGAUUGAUAAAUCAGUUUGCGCGAAACAUCCCCAAUUAAUGUUACGAAGGACAGAGAGCGUUGUGGAAAAAAUGCUUACUAAUUGGAUGGCUUUAUGUAUGUAUUAUUACUUAAAAGAUUAUGCCGGUUCAUCUUUAUUUUUAUUAUUUAAAGCUAUUAAACAUCAAAUCGAAAAGGGCGUAGUGGAUGCUAUUACGCAUGAAGCAAGAUAUUCAUUAUCGGAAGAAAAACUUUUGAAGGAACAAAUAGAUCAUCAAAUUGUAACUCUACAUAUAGUCCAAGAUGAUUUCGAUGAUAAAGUACAAUGCAAAGUUUUAGAUUGCGAUAGUAUAUCCCAAGUAAAAUCGAAAAUAUUAGAUGCUUUAUUUAAGAACACUCCAUUUAGUAUGCGCCCGUCCGUCCACGAAGUUGACUUAGAAUGGAGACAUGGAAGAGGCGGACAUGUUACGCUUCAAGAUGAAGAUCUUACAACGAAAACCUUGAAUGGCUGGAGAAGGUUGAACACGUUAGCUCAUUAUGGCGUAAAAGAGUCAGCUGUUAUGUCGUUAAUAUCGAGACAGAAUGACAGCUUCAAUACCCCCUAUAAAAUACCUUGUAAAAAUUGUACUGGCAUUUAUUGCACAAAUUCUCACAUAAGGGUGUAUAAAAGUGACAUAAACGACCAAAACGUACACUAUUAUCACUUAGUUAAACCAAUUGAAUAUCAACACAUUGUAAAUAAAUCUUCAGAGCAUAGCCAUAAAGCUAUACCGGAAAUAUUCUUAACUCGACUUCUUUCAACUAAGGGGACAGUUCAUAAAUUUGUUGAUGAUUUCUUUAGUACGAUAUUGACCGUAAAUGAAGUGUUGCCACCAGCAGUGAAGUGGUUAUUCGAUCUUUUCGACGAUGCAGCUAGAUCACACGGUAUAAUCAAUCCUGAAGUAGUUCACGCUUGGAAAUCUAAUAGCCUGCCAUUAAGAUUUUGGGUGAAUCUUAUCAAAAAUCCCGAUUUCAUUUUCGACAUUAACAAAACCGCCACCGUCGAUUCAUCUCUCUCUGUUAUUGCACAAACCUUUAUGGACGCUUGUUCUCUCUCCGAACACCGUCUGUGUAAGGAUUCUCCUUCGAACAAGCUUCUCUUUGCAAAAGAUUUGCCUACAUACAGGGAUAUGGUAAUACAAUUCUACCAAGCCGUCUCCCAAUUACCUCAAGUAUCCGACCAAGAGCUAAGUACCUCCAUGCAACAACUUUCAGUUGAACAGCUUAAUGAGUUUGACACUCUGUCCGCAUUGAAAGAGUUGUAUAUUUAUGUCAGUAAAUAUAGAGAACAAAUUAUAGUAGGGCUAGAAAAUAAAAUGCACUUAGCUCAUAAAUUAGAUAACGUAGCAUGCACUUUGGAGGGCGACCCCGCAGCUGUGUGCUGACUAUAUGAUACCGUGAGUUACGAUUUAAUUGCAUUUACAUAACUUAUUAUAUAUUUUGUACAAAGAGCUUUAAUUUAUUCUGAAAAAAAAAAUACUCAGAUUUAAAUCCGUUUGUAAAAAAAGACUGUAAAGUAACGAUUCCAAUACUAGUUUAACAAUAUGAUGUUGAAUAAUACUUAUUUCGCAGUGGACUUUAAUGAUAAUUAAUAUAAGUAUUUAAGGUGUUAUUUGAUGCUACUACUUAUUUAAUGUUAUUAAAUGUCAUAAUUUUUCUAGAGAUCGCUAUCUUAACAUACCUUUUUUUUUUUUUAAUUAAAAGCCGUCUCCCAGUGGCCAUAUAUUAUUAUGUUUGUAUUGCCAUUUCUAAUUUGUAAGUUUAAAGUAAUCUCUCUCAGAACUGUAAGUUGUCUUUUGUUUCCUUAACAUAGAUCUGGCACUGAUAUUAAUGUACAUUUAUUCGUGUAUGCCGCUAAUAUACUUAAUAUUGAUGUGUAUUAUUGUUCUAAGAUGUAUGUGUAAAGAGAAAUAUUAUAAGGAAAAUGUUGUGAUAUUUGUAUUUGGAAUAUUUAUAACACUAUCUUUUUAUACUUAAUUUAAUAGUUAUCAUUAAAAUUAAUAGGCAUUUAAUUAUCUUCAUAUUAUAAUAAAAAUGAUGAAAAAAAUAAACGAAUCUUGUAUGAAAUAAAGCUGCUGGACAUGUUUACUUUUUAUUUUAAAGAUAUAUAGGCAUAUUCGUUUAUAAGAUUAUAAAUGUAUUUUAUAUUUUUCUCAAUAUGUAUUCCGCUGACUCAAUUGAAUAUAUGACAUUGUAAUUAAAAAAAUAUUUAAUAUAUAUAUGCAUAUAUAUAAUUUAUUGAAUCUAUAUUGAUCUCUUUUGUAUUGCUCAACUUGCUUCGCGCCUAUGUUAAAAAUAACAAACACAUUUUCAAUAGUUUUAUUGCAAAAAUUAUAUUUAUAUAUAAAAGUCAUUGAAAUAUUCCAUCUACAACAUAUUUUAAGUAUAGAUGUAACUUGUUAGUAUUAAGGCAUCGUAAAUUCACCCGUCUCUUAAAAAUUUUAUAUUAUUGACUUAGAAAUAAACUUAUUUAUCAAAAAUUUUUUUUUUGUAAUGAUUAAUUUAAUUAUGAAUGGGAAAAUCAAAACAUGUGUAUUAUUUCAUCACAUUUAUUAUAUACGUAUAUUAAGUAUCCAUAUGGAAAAAGAAAACAUCACCUCUACUGUAACCACAGUAGAACAAUGAACUAAGCUAUUUAAUAUUAAACAAUUAAAUAUUUGUGCAGAAAUUCUCAUUUAGAGCACAUUAUUUUUUUUUUAUACAAUUUCUACCUUUGUCGUUGUCAUCACAGUUAUGAUAAUAAUGUACACUUAUCAUAAUAUUCAACAAAAGAACAAUCAUAUACCAUACAACAUUGUCAAGAUGAUGUCAUGUAUUAACUGGUGAUCGGAGCACUCACAGUACAUAGAACAAAGGAGAUUCCAAAUAAGGAUUUUGGUUAUGAAUGAACAAUCUUAUUGUCAAUAUAAAUUACGGAUACACAUUA